AUCAAUAUGCGACGCUACUUGUAACGUAGCUAAAGAGGUUCGGUUUCUGUUGUUUGUUAUCAUCUGUAGCUCAGAGAUGGACAAGAAAUUGGACACGGACAGCCUCGAAAUUCGCGUUCAGGCGUUGGAGAACCGACUAUACGGGGAGAGAAGAACCAAAAGUGGAAAACCCGUCAAGUGUGCAGAAGCUUUAGUCAGAAUUCAAGGAGGUUUGAUCAACACGGCCAACAAGAGAGAGAGAGUAAAGAUCCUCCACAAGAAGAUUGAGGACCUGAUGAAGUAUCUGGACCCCCAGUUCACUGACCACAUCACUCUCCCUGAUGCCAUGAAACUAGAGUUCAUCCUUGCAGAGGAGGACUCUUUGCUCUCUGAAGCUGCUUUGUUGGAGCAAGUUAACAAUUUACAGCCAUUGUUGGACAGCACCCACAUUAGAGAUGUUCCUGAGCAUGCAACCAAGCUGCAGCGUCUUUCACAGAUUCACAUCAAGCAACAGGACCAAACUGAAGCUCAGUCACAGGAAGUCAAGAAGCUUUUUGAGGAAUACAACAAAAUGAUGUUCCUGCUCUCCAAGCAGUUCACCCAAUGGGAUGAGACCCUGAGGAAAAUGGAGGAGGCCAAAGGAAUCCGACUUGUAGAGUAGUUGCUCUAAGAAAAGCUGGAAAGAGGACGACGAUGAAGAAGAACACUGCACUACGAAUGGAGUUCCCGAAUAGACGUGUUACAUUAUGUAGCUCAUGCUACCCCAGUAAGUCAGAGGAAAACAUAAAAACAUUUCAACACAUUUUCUUGUUUACUUUUCUUUUAUCCCACUGAAAUAUUGUUGUUGCCUAAACACUGUCAGUGACUUUAAAUGCAAAGUUACAGAGUGAAAUAAUAAAAGAACUGAACUGAG